AUGCCACCUAAAAGGAGGAAACUUUUGGGACGGCGCACGGCAGCUGCCUUCGCUGCUAGAGCAGCGAGGGCGAGUGAAACCCCUGAACAGACUUCUUUACGUCUUUCACGGAUGGCCUCGAGCUCAGCUGCUCGCUUAUCCAUGGAAAGCGCCGCUGCGCGGACUGAAAGGUUGGCUUCAGCGGCUUCAACUAUGUCCGCACGCCGCGCCAGCCUUUCAAUUAAAGAACGUUCACUUCAGAAUUCACAGGAAGCAGUCCGCGUGGCUAGGCUGAGGGCUUCACAGUCUCCAGCACAGAAAACCCUUCAUAGUUUGCGGGAUGUCACCGCCAAAGCUUACUCCAGGGGUUUAGAAAGCUCCGAACAAACAACAACACGUCGUCUUAGGAAUACUAGGGCUACAGCCGCCGCUAGAGCUUCGGAACAACCCCAAGAAACCGCCCAUCGUCGCUUUAGAAAUGCCCGCUCCACGGCGUCUGCCAGAACCUUAAAAAGCCCUGCACAGACCACUGUUCGUCGCGUUAGAAAUGCCCUCUCCACUGCAUCUGCUACAGCCCUAGAAAGCCCUGAACAGACCACUGUUCGUCGCGUUAGAAAUGCCAGAUCUACUGCGUCUGCAGAAAACUCUGAAGUACGCCGUCAACGGCUCGAAAACAUUAGCAUUUCGAGCUUUUUUGAAUGGCAUAACUUCGCCGUCUGCGUCAUUUUGGUCAAAUGCCACAUACAAUUAUGUAUGCACUGUCAAUUAUUCCGCUAG